GCCGAGAGUCACAGCCGACGAAGCGCGUGCCCGACAGCAGAGCGCGCGCCACUAAUUUAGUUAGAGUGUUCCGAAUUAUCCGUUGGACUGCGUUUGCGUUAUGAUUUUUCGUUGGCGGAUGAACAAUACGUGCAUUUGGAACACGUUAAACCGUCGCUUGGAGGACAGUUUUCGUGUUUUAGCGGAGGUUUGAACGGACGAACGGGGGUUCCGGUGCCGAUACUUUUUUUUUUCUGUCAGGAAGUUUGACGCAUUAAAGAUUGUUUUUAUUUCGCGGCGCUCGGGACGUUCUUCGUAACGUAAGUUAUUCGAAACGUUCGGUUCGUGUGAGGAUGUCGUCCGACCUUACCAGGCAGUGUUUCAGUGUUUUCUUCUACUUCUGAAUCGAGAGGAGUCGGAGGAAUAUCGUAAAAGUUACAUCUCCUAUCGCUUUUUUUUAUGUUGCUAGAAAUCUUUAAACUUGAGGUGUUUUUACCCGAAAUAUCGCAUAUCGAAGCACGCUUUUUACUUUCAUUAAUGUGGGCUGUAAAUGUCAACUCGGCACAUUUUGACAAAUCACUGAGCUCCUCUUGCACGGCUUUUGUUAUGAACGUGUAGUAACGCUCAUGUAAGUGGCACGACAAAAGUACUAAGCAGUCGGACCGGGAAACUGCGUGCAGCUGUUGACAGAUGGAUUUCAUCAAGGCUACCCGGUUACUGCUCCACCUCUGGUGAUCAGAUCCUAAGCAUUGUCCCAUUGGCGUGGACCAUGCACGGACACCUAUCUUAAUUCACCUCUUCCAUUAGGCUGCACGCCUGGUGGAAUGACGUCCGGCCGGAGUUAUGGAUAAAUAAUAAUAUUAUUAUUGCAUGGAGAAUAUUCGGUGACAAAAUGACUAGCGGCUGGAUGUCAUAGGAGGUUGCUGCGGGGGUCACUCGAUGCAUGCUGAGGUGGACGCGCUUCGUCGAGAAACCUCAGAUUGACCUCAAAGUGAGUUGUUUUCAUCAGAACAGUAUAAAAAAGAAAACAUUGACUGGAAACAGACCGCGGAAAGUUUCCGCACACCUGGGGUGCCCUCCCCACCUCCCCCCCCCACCUCCCCCCCCCCCCCCCACACACAGAACGUCCCGAUUGUGUGAAGGUCCUUCUGCGGUUGAUGUUGUUGGGGGUGUCCCGGCCAUGUGGACAGGCUGAACUGACAGAUACGGGUGGAGGGACCGUUCACCCCGCAUCACCCGAGUGAGGACCAUAGGCAGCAAGCACAGACGCUGGCUCUGCAGAAAAACUCUUCCUGACGGUUGGCAUAGAGACGACAUACCAUCAUCAAGAUGAAUGAGAGGCAGGCGCUCCACUCCAUCAUGAAAGACCUGGUGGCCCUGCAGAUGACGCGUCGCCAGCCCUCCUACGACACGGGCAAACCCAAGACCCCUGGCCCCGCCCCAAGCCCUGGCCCCGCCCCCGCCAAGAUCAAAAGACAGGAUGAUGUCAGGAUAAAGUUUGAGUUCUCAGGAGAGAGAAGGAUCCUCAUGUUCUGCAGGCCGGUGCUGUUUGAGGACGUUCAGCAGAAGGUGCAGAGUGUGUUUGGCCAGCAGCUGGACCUGCACUACAUGAACAACGAGCUGUCCAUUCCUCUGCGGGGGCAGGACGACCUGGAUAAGUCCAUAGACCUGCUGGAUCGAAGCUCCAACAUGAAGAGCAUCAAAAUCCUGCUGCUCACGCAGGAGCCCAGCGACGUCUCCCCCACCUCCCACCACACCCCAUGCAAGCAGGUGAGGAUCGGAGGGGCCCAGUCCACGGGGGACGUCAGCAGCAGUGCCGCCUACCAGGCCUCCGACCAGAGGGGGCGCCACCUGUCCGCCGGCUCCCAGACCCCCGGCCGCAGCUCCCCGCCCCCCGGCUACGUCCCGGAGCGCCAGCAGCGCAUGGCGCGCCAGGGCUCCUACACCAGCAUCAACAGCGAGGGGGAGUUCAUCCCCGAGGCCGGAGAACACUCGGUGCUUGAUCUGUGGAGCAGCACAGAGAACUCCGUCUCUGGGAGCUGCCAGUCUCUGGACAGCAACGCAGACAGCCCCUCCCUCAGGAAGUCUCGCAUGCACCGGGCCAAGAGUUACCCUGACAACCGGCAGGAAUGCCCAGUGUCGGACCGGGAGAACUGCGGGUACGACCGGGUGGUGGGGAAGGGGGGGACGUACCCCCGGCGGUAUCACGUCUCCCUGCACCACAAGGACCACAGCGAAGGCCGGCGGACGUUUCCACGGAUACGGCGUCCCCACGGCAACCUGUUCACCCUGGUGCCGUCCCGGCGCUCCCUGAACGGCAGCGAGGAGAGCCUGGGCAGCUGGCAGCCGGCGGACCCCCAGGGGCGGCUGCGCACCCACGAGCGGCCCGUCGCCCACAAGUCUCCCAGCGCCCCGGUCACCUGGCGGAGGGGCAAGCUGCUGGGCCAGGGGGCGUUCGGCCGGGUGUACCUCUGCUACGACGUGGACACGGGCCGGGAGCUGGCCGCCAAGCAGGUGCUGUUCGACCCGGACAGCCCCGAGACCAGCAAGGAGGUGAGCGCUCUGGAGUGCGAGAUCCAGCUGCUGAAGAACCUCCACCACGAGCGUAUCGUCCAGUACUACGGCUGUCUGAGGGACCACAGCGACAAGACGCUCACCAUCUUCAUGGAGUACAUGCCGGGGGGUUCAGUCAAAGACCAGCUAAAGGCCUACGGCGCGCUGACCGAGAACGUGACCCGGAAGUACACCCGGCAGAUUCUGGAGGGCAUCUCCUACCUGCACAGCAACAUGAUUGUGCACAGGGACAUCAAAGGCGCCAACAUCCUGCGGGACUCAGCGGGCAACGUUAAGCUGGGGGACUUCGGAGCCAGCAAGAGGCUGCAGACCAUCUGCAUGUCUGGCACGGCCAUCCGCUCGGUGACCGGCACCCCCUACUGGAUGAGCCCGGAGGUGAUCAGUGGAGAGGGCUACGGCAGGAAGGCGGACAUCUGGUCCCUGGGCUGCACGGUGGUGGAGAUGUUGACGGAGAAGCCCCCCUGGGCCGAGUACGAGGCCAUGGCGGCCAUCUUUAAGAUCGCCACGCAGCCGACCAACCCGCUGCUCCCGCCCACCUCCUCCGACAAGACCCGCGACUUCCUGCGCCGCAUCUUCGUGGAGCCCAAGCUCCGGCCCGGCGCCGAGGAGCUGCUGCGACACCCCUUCUCCCAGAGCCUCUGCUGACGGACGGACUGACCCGCGCCUCGUUGGCUCGUUGGUUCGUUAACCGUGCACAAGCCCCGCCCAUUCUCCGCUCGGUGUCCAAUGGGAGGCUAGCACGGCGACCCCCUUCUCCAUGAUCCUCUGCUGAAGGACCGCCCUAGCCACGGCUCAUUGGCCGAUGGCGUGCACAUGCCCCGCCCAUUCCCUGCUCGGUGUCCAAUGGGAGGCGAGCAUGGAAACCCCUUCUCCCAGACCCUCUGCUGAAGGAGAGACUUACUUGCGGCUCGUUGGCUCGUUGCCGUGCGCAUGACCCGCCCAUUCUUCGCUCGGCGUCCAAUGAGAGGCGAGCAUGGACGCCCCUUCUCCCAGAUCCUUUGCUGAAGGAGAGACUUACUCGCGGCUCGUUGGCUCGUUUCCCCGGGCACACCCCGCCCAUUCUCCGCUCGUUGUCCAAUAGGGGGUCAGCAUGGGCGCCUUUUCGCCCAACCCGUGGCUCCACUGCCUACCAGGCCGCUCGGAGGGCCUGUCGGGCUGAGGCACGCAGAGCACUCCACCUUUCAGGACAUUUCUACAGCGCGACCAACAAAGGAAAUAGAAUCCUAUUUUUAUAACGGAGCUAAUCACGCUGAGAGCGAUCGUACGGUCUUCGGUCACUUCGUACAUGACUCAAGUCUAUUUUUGGAUGUGUGGAAAUUUCUAAACUUUAUUUUGCGUCUGUGCCUAUGCUGCCGUGGUGUGCUUUGGGUCUAAGAGAAUCCAAGAUUCCAGUUGUUUGCUUUUUCUCAGUAUUAUUGUUGCUCAUGGACAAUCCUGGACAUGUUUUCACCACCAGAGGGAACCCUCAUGCAGAGUAUGUUUUGCCUUGUGGGUUAGCUGCCAGUGUGUUUCUUUGGGACACACACUGUAAGCAAUGUACUCACGAUAGAGUUCAUUGUGACGCGGUUGGUGUCGUAUUAACACACAGUCGAGCUGAAUCCUUCUCUCCCUUGUUUACAUCCUCUCUGCGGCCGCAAGUGUUUGUUAAAGGCCCUCGCCCCGUAAUGCUACACAACAGUGUCACCCGGAACCCACCACGACUUAGUCUCAGUCGCCUCCUUUGAGAUUAAAAUGAGCUGUCUGAUGUUUCAGAGCAAAAGCUCAGCGAGCCUUUUGUACCUGCUGGGAGAGAGGUUGUACUUCUCCUUGCUUCUUAUCUCCAAGCUUCCAGUGCUAGACCUCAUUCAGCAUGCCUUUGUAAAUGAUGACAAUCAUUUACAAAACAACAAAGAAAACGUCCAUUCCUUGAGUUCUCCAUAUAUUUUUUAUACUGGUUGGUGGUAAAAUGACAGCCCACUCUGAACGUUUUUUCUACGAUGAACUUGCUAGCAGAAGUCGGACUACAUCACAUUAGCACAUAGCUGUGUAUUACUUUUUUGAACGUGCCAAAGAGGGUUCAUGUAAAAUGUGUUAUUUUGUGACCAUAAUAUCAGAAAGGGUUUUUCUGGUUUGCUCAGAGCACCUGGCGACUGGAAGCAGUCACUAUUCCAAAAUAGCAAAACACACAAAAUAAUAUAGGAACUAGGAGCGAUUAGACAGUGCUGCUCACCUAAGGUGUGUUGGACCAAUGCUUCUUGGUGAAGGAGAGGCUUUAUGUUAACGUCCAUUUCAACCAGUUGCACUAAGAUGGAACAAAAACAUGAAUGUUUGUUGGCCUAUUUUUCUGACUCCUAGCCAAUGUAUUUCUUUAUUUUUAAUGUGAAAAAUCGGUCUAUUUUUAUUUAUGCCUUGUGUUGAUUUGAUUCAAUUUUAUAAACAAAUAUACGUGCAUAAAUAUAUUUUUUAUAUA